ACCCCUCAUGCACUCACAUCCACCUGUUUGUGUAGGAAUCUCCUCCAUUCACACAAUCAAAGACUCUAUGACGGUGCGGAGAGGAAAGAAGCUCAGCAUCUCCAUCCAGGAACACAUGGCCAUUGACGUUUGCCCUGGCCCUAUCAGACCUAUCCGACAGAUCUCCGCCUACUUCCCCCGCCUGUCCCCCACCUCCCCUGGCCCCGUGUCCCCGAAUCCCGCCUACUCCCCCUUGGCCCUCAGCCCCGGCUCUGUGGCCUCAGGGAUGGGCGGGUCUCACCUCCUGUCUCCUCUGCUGGCCCACGGCCGGCCCGGCGGUGGUGGGUCUUUGUCUCUGACCAGCAGCGUGGACACAUCGGUGGAGAUCAACAGCUCCGACAGUGACGACUGCACUGCUCUGGGAACGCUGGAGUUUGAGCUGAAAUACGAGCAGAGCUCCAGUGAGCUGCACUGCACUGUGCUUCGGGCCAAGGGUCUGAAGCCAAUGGACUUUAACGGUUUGGCCGAUCCAUAUGUCAAACUGCACCUGCUGCCUGGAGCCUGUAAGGCCAAUAAGCUGAAGACGAAGACGAUCCGUAACUCCCUGAAUCCAGUGUGGAAUGAAACACUCACUUACGUUGGGAUCACAGAAGAAGACAUGCACAGGAAGACACUCAGGUUGACUGUGUGUGACGAGGACAAGUUGACUCAUAAUGAGUUGAUCGGAGAGUCCCGGGUGCCUCUGAAACGCGUGAAACCUGACCAGACGAAACAUUUCCACACCUGCCUGGAGCACCCGCCUCCGCUCCCCUCUCCGACCGCCAUGGGCGAAGCCCUUCGAGGAAUAUCCUGCUAUUUAAGAGAGUGGGAAAACGAGCAGCUGCACAGCCUGGAGGAGAGAGGUCGUCUUCUUCUCUCCCUGCAGUUUCUGCCUCCGCUCAGUUCACAGGAUAAAGACUUUGUUGAAGGAGGAGGAGGAGGAGAAGGAGGUGAAAGACGUCGCAGCGGAGGUCUCUGUGUCGGCGUGAAGCGCUGUGCCCACCUGGCAGCCAUGGAUGUAAACGGGUUCUCCGACCCCUACGUCAAAAUAUACCUGAAGCCUGACUUACAGAAGAAAUCAAAGCACAAAACAGCAGUGAUGAAAAAGACCCUCAACCCUGAAUUCAAUGAGGAGUUUUUCUAUGAGAUCUCCCUGUCGGAGCUCACCAACAAGACGCUGGAAGUGACGGUGUGGGACUAUGACCUGGGACGCUCCAAUGACUUUAUAGGUGGCGUCUGCCUGAGCUGUCACUCUCAGGGUGACGGCCUCCGGCACUGGAUGGACUGCCUGAAGAACAAGGGUAGGAGGGUGGAGCGGUGGCAUAUCCUGACCAACGAGCUGCCACGAACCCUCAGCCACGACUAAAUCCACAGAGCAUCCUGCAGACGGUUGCUCUCAGGGAUCACAUGGUUCACAGAGAUCAUCUUUACGGGACGGACUUGAGAAACUUCACCACAGGAAUCAGCAGCAAUUGAGAGGAAAAGUGUAUUAUAAUAACAGCCGCCAUGACGAGAGAGAACAGGGUGAGGCUGCAGCAGCACGGUGGUGUGCCUUCAUUAUUGAUCAGUGAGUCAUUCAGAAGAAGCAGCUCCAUCAACACUGUCAACUGACAUUAACACCAGACCACAUGCAUAUACAACAGGGUUAGACCGAUGCACUCGAAUGAUGAGGGGUGGAACUCGUGAAGAUUAAAUUGAAACCACGGCUGUAGACUCAGACUUGUACUUGAAAACAUGAAACUGCAUGUUGUUUUUCUACUCCAGCAUAAAGAUUUGUUGUUAAAAAAAAUAGUUUCCCAAAGGGGGAAAUUUCUAUUUUACAUUUUUAGUGUCAUGAUGUCACCCCCUGUCAUUCAGUCUGUCUACAAUGACAGAGAACUUCUUUACAUAUUGUUCCAGUUUAUUCCUCUCAUGUAUAACCAUCAAACUUGAGUCACAGAGCUCAGUAUGUGUAUUUCAAAAAAUAUCAGAAUCAGCUUUAUUGGCCAAACCACACACACACACACACACACACACACACACACACACACAUAUAUAUAUAUGUAUAUA